AUGGCUGCUGACACACUCUUUGUCAAGAGCAGCGUCGUCGACGCGCUGUUGAAAUCGCUUGAAAGUGAUCGUGUGUGGGCUAACGGCACCUUUUUGCAUCGUGGACAGCGUUCCUUUCAGACCGAUUGGGCCGAAGUAGCUUUAUUCAAGUCCGUCUUAACACUCUCGUUUCGCAGAUGGCCGAUGGGAAAGGUGUCGAACACUGAGUAG